AUGGGAUUGCCGCUAGGCUAUCCCAUACCCACCACGGUGGUCCCGGCCGUAGCACCAUCUGCCACCCCCGCGCCGACGCCCAUACCCACGGCCCUCUCCUCCGCGGAUGCCACCGACACAAACCCAGCGGCGAUCAGGGCGUUCCUCUUGCGCCUCCUCGACAGCACCCGUCGCGCUCUCUCCGGCGCGCGUCCCUGGUCUGAGCUGGCGGACCGCUCAGUGCUCUCCCGCCUAGACUCCCUGGCUGAGGCCACGUCGCAGCUCCGCAAGAACCUGGCCUACUUCCGCGUCAACUACGACGCGGUGGUCGCCCUAUCCCUCGCCGCGGCGCUCCUGGCGCACCCGUUCUGGCCGCGCGCUGGCCGCCUGGUCCCUCCUCUACGUGCUCUGCCCAGCCGACGUGGCCCACGUCGCCGCGUUCGGCCGGACCUUCUGGUGCUCGGUGGGCUCGUCGCCGCAUCCGCGUUCGUCGUCUUCCUCACGUCGGAGGGCUCGCUCAUCUUUUUCGUGCUCGCGCUCGGGGCAGCGGUCAUGUGCGCGCACGGCGCGUGCCGCGUGCCUGCGGACCUGUUUCUUGAUGAGGUUGUUGACCAGGGUGCUGGUGCUGGUAACCCGCUGCUGUCGUUCGUCGCCUCCGCCACCGGAGGAGGCCGUGUCUGA